CCAUUGCCCACUCAUUCCCUUUAACUCCAUAUACUUUUCGGUGAUGUGCGAGCGUUUCUCGUCAGUGUUUUAGUGUCGACUUCACCGUUCAGGGAGACGGCGGUGCUGACGCGACGGCGCCAUCGGUGUUUUGCCGCUCUAGGGUUUACAAAUUACACCCAAUCUGCAAAAUAAACCAAACGCGAGAGGUAGGUAGUUAUCUGAAUGUCUAAUUCAACGGAUGAGAUGUUGAUUGCGCCGAAGGCGAAGAGAGGGAGGAACAGUGAGAAUGAGACUGAAAUUGAAGACAACAAAGACAGGCUCAGUGACUUGCAUGAUUGUAUUCUCCUUCACAUUUUGUCAUUUCUGAAAGCCAAAUACGCAGUUCAGACAUGCAUGUUAUCCAAAAGAUGGAAGGAUCUCUGGAAACGCCUUCCAAACCUUAUUUUACUCUCCGCAGAUUUUGACACAUUCAAGUUUUUCACCAAAUUCGUGUCUACCAUUUUGACCCGUCGUGAUGGCUCCACUGCGCUGCACGCUCUCGAUUUUGAGCGUAUGGGUUGCAUCCAGCCUCCCCUCAUCAAAAGAAUUGUGAACUAUGCUGUUUCGCACAAUGUCCAGCAAUUAGGAAUCUAUGUCGAAUGUGACAUGCAGCACCUGCUACCUUGCAUUUUCACAUGCCAUACUUUAACAUCUCUUAAGCUCAUAGUUUACCCUAAAGGUUACAGUGAUAUCACUUUAUUCCCUAAAUCUCUGAAUUUGCCAGCAUUAACCACCUUGCAUCUGGGGAAUUUCACCUUUUGCUCAAACGACAACGACCGCGCCGACCCAUUUUCUGCGUUUAACAGAUUGAAUAGUUUGAUCAUUGACCAUUGUAAGCUAAAGGAUGCACGAACUCUCUGCAUAUCAGGCAUGGCGCUCGUCAACUUAACUCUGUGUUGUCCUACUUUGGAUUUCUACACAAUUGAGCUAUCCACACCAUGUCUUUAUAGGUUCACUUGCGCAGAUUUGCCCUCUCAGUACCUCUGUGGGAGCGGUCUAUCUUCGGUUAAGGAAGUAAAUAUUGAUGCAGAUAUUUUGUUAAGUUCUCCGGAUCCUCCUCUAAUUCUCCUUAGCUGGCUGCAAGAUUUUGUUAAUAUAACAUCAUUGACUGUUACUACAAACACUCUUCAGGUUCUUUUCUUAGUUCCUGAUAUAUUGAAGAUUAAGCUCCCUUCAUUGGCUAACUUGAAAAGACUGAAGAUAAAACGGGAACCACUUUCAUACAUGCUGACACAUGUGAUGAGAGGUGUGAGGUUAAAAAAAGCAGCUACUGAGUCACGGAAAGAAGCUGCCAAGUUACGGAAAGAAGCUGACAUUUUAUGGAAAACAAGACGACUGCGAACUGCACCUUUCACCGAUGAAAUAGUGGACUUUUUGGUCCAAAAUGCGCCGUCAGCAGAAGUUGAAAUCAUAGAUUGCUUAAUGUGAAGUUGGCAUUCAUUUUUUUAAGAAGAUCUUGAUGCUAUGAUGUGAAUGUGAGAAUGGAACAAGUUACCAAUUCUGAAUUUGAUGCAUCCUAGUGUCAGUUUUGGUUGUGAUCAAGUUCUAUAUCUAUGAGUUCUUUUAUGCAGACCCUUGGGACCUUUGUUGUUUUCUUUACUGUCAAAUUUUUCAGCAUUAAACAUUCCUGUAAACUGUAAAGAGCUGGAUACCUUGACCAAGUUUGCAUGGUAAAUUAGUCAUUGCAUCUGUAUGCAAAGUUGUCCCCCCAUUUUAUGAA